UCUAGAAGCCAUCCGGCCCCACAGCGAUCCCGUAAAAGUGCUGGCUUAGCGGGGGACGAAUCUGUGUCUUUCUUGGAACUUCCAAGCUCUAAAUAGUUUGAAACCAACAGCUCUUCCGAAACACUGUCAUUUUCAUCCCGGAAAAACAAGUUAUCGCGAAAAGAUGAGUUUCACGUUGGGCAGCGUAAUUGCGCUAUUGCGCCUGCGCCAGCGGGGGCUCCGCCCUUCCGCCCGGAGGGGCUGUCACUCACAGCCACCUCCCGCCCCGCGUCGCGACGUAGCACUUCCGUUUUCGCUGGGUAGGCGACCCGGACGGAGGGCCGGCGAGGUGCGGGGUCUGGUGAUCCGAGCUGCGCCUCUCGGCAAGAUUUCGCGCUGCCUGUCCCGGGCCGUUUCAUCAGUAAUCGGUAGUGGAUCACUCUGCCAAGCGGCAGGAAUAAUUAAGGAAACGACAAGGAGACGCUCGGCUCUCUCCUGCUUGGCUCCUUGCGGCCUCCUCUUCCCUUCGCUCCGGCCCGGUGAAACUGAACUUAUAAUCGUCACUGGAUUGUAAGUACCCGAGGCGAAGAGAGCUCACUGAGCCCUGAUUUUUUGAGUGUCUUUGUUCCGGGAGAGUUUGUGAAUUGAAAGUAUCUCUGCUGGGCUUUCUGGGCCGAAAACCGUUCCGCGGGAGCCGCCAUUUGCUUUCCUGCUCCCUUGCUAGCUAGCUCUCUCCGCGUUGGCCGGCAGCGGCACCUAGAGGUUGGGACUUGGCAUUGCAUCUGAUUUAAUGAACUUAGUCUGUGAAUAAGCCAUUGUGUUAACGACUGAUAUUCGGUCGCAGCAUAUUUAGAGAAAAGACUUGGAGCUUACAUAAAAACUAAGGCAAAAUAGACGCUUAGCUGCUGAUCUACAGACAACUUCUUGUAAUUAAAAGAUUUCAAUUCAUAGCAAACUGGUGUUUUAAACUAUUGCAGUAGCUGGAACUUUUUAGUGUAACCAGCAUUUAUUGGAGAAGUGAAUCACAAGGAAAUAAAGAUGAGUAAAAGCAAAGAUGAUGCUCCUCACGAACUAGAGAGCCAGUUUAUCUUACGUCUGCCUCCAGAAUAUGCGUCUACUGUGAGAAGGGCAGUACAGUCUGGUCAUGUCAACCUCAAGGACAGACUGACAAUUGAGUUACAUCCUGAUGGGCGUCAUGGAAUCGUCAGAGUGGACCGUGUUCCAUUGGCCUCAAAAUUAGUAGACCUGCCCUGUGUUAUGGAAAGCUUGAAAACCAUUGAUAAGAAAACCUUUUACAAGACAGCUGAUAUCUGUCAGAUGCUUGUAUCCACAGUUGAUGGUGAUCUCUAUCCUCCUGUGGAGGAGCCAGUUGCUAGCACUGAUCCUAAAGCAAGCAAGAAAAAGGAUAAAGACAAAGAGAAAAAGUUUAUUUGGAACCACGGAAUUACUCUGCCUCUAAAGAAUGUGAGGAAGAGAAGGUUCCGGAAGACAGCAAAGAAGAAAUAUAUUGAAUCUCCAGAUGUUGAAAAAGAAGUGAAACGAUUGCUGAGUACAGAUGCUGAAGCUGUUAGUACUCGGUGGGAAAUAAUUGCUGAAGAUGAAACAAAGGAGGCAGAAAAUCAAGGCCUGGAUAUCUCUUCUCCAGGAAUGUCUGGUCACAGGCAGGGCCAUGACUCAUUAGAACAUGAUGAGCUUCGGGAGAUAUUCAAUGACCUCAGCAGCAGCAGUGAGGAUGAAGAUGAGACCCAGCAUCAAGAUGAAGAAGAUAUAAACAUCCUUGACACGGAGGAAGAUUUGGAGAGACAGCUACAGGACAAGCUAAAUGAAUCAGAUGAACAGCAUCAGGAAAAUGAAGGAACCAAUCAGCUGGUUAUGGGAAUUCAGAAGCAGAUUGACAACAUGAAAGGCAAGCUCCAAGAGACCCAGGACAGGGCAAAACGACAAGAGGAUCUCAUCAUGAAAGUGGAAAAUCUGGCUCUCAAGAACAGAUUUCAGGCUGUACUGGAUGAGCUCAAACAAAAGGAAGACCGAGAAAAGGAGCAACUCAGCUCUUUGCAAGAAGAGCUAGAAUCACUCCUAGAGAAGUAAAAAGAACUGAUACUUAAUUUCAGUCUUCAGACUGGUCAGUGUUAGAAUAAUUCUUGGCUUUGUUGUACUGCGUAUUAAGACCUUGUGCUUCCUAGUCCUUUUAAUGCUGUGUGUUCUGUUAAGUUCUUUCAUUUGUUUGUAAUUUUGUUUUUCAGCAAAUUUACAUUGUUGCUAGGUGUUCAUCCUAUAAGAAGCAGGAUUGUAUAGGCAGAAAAAUGAUUGUAGGAGAGUUGCAGGAUUAGUGGAAUGUAUGGUUCAACCUUAAUUAUAGCUUCAUUGCAGGACUUUACUGUUUCUCCAUUUUCUAGAAGCUGCUGUUGCUGCUUUAUGAUGACGUGAGAUCAAUAAGAAGAACCUAGUCUAGAGACAAUGAUGCUAGUUUGCAUAUGUUUUCCCAUGCAAUAGUUGUUUUCCCAGUUAUUCAAAGCAGUUUCCCAUAUGUAGAGAUGCAAAUUAUUUUAUUGUUUCCAAUACAAUAAAUAAAAGCAUCUGUUUUUCACUUUA